UCUCUUUAAUUAAUGGUUCUUGUUAAUCAUGGGCGAGUAAUUCAUUAUCAACUACAUACAUGUACGUUUCAGUUUCAUUGCAUGUUGGCAAAAUUUCGAAUUCUUUAUCGUGCAAAACUUUAAACCAAUCAGAAAUAUACCAUGACGCACUUAUAUCGUCCUAUAAAGUGACGGGUAACUUCCGCCUUGCCUUCCUUUUUUCGAACAAUUUAGAAUACAGCUGUCACGAAAAAUGAGCUCUGUACUGCAUGUUGGACUGGUGCUAACUAGUGUAAUUCUUAGUGAUGAAGGAUUUUCGAAAAUUGCAGAAGGCGCACCUGUAGAAGGAAUGAUACAAAAGCGAGCACAUUACUGCAUCCAGUGGCCGGCUUUAGCAGAGAGUCCAUUUGCCCAUCAGCGUGAUUGGCUCAUUCGUUUUGCCGAAUGGUUAUCAGAUGGAAGCAUUAUAGCUAUUUUCAGGGUUAACUCUUUUAACCAAGAGAAAUUGGUUAUAGAAAAGACAUCUAAUAAUAUGGAUAAUAUCAGAGAAAUCCUGCUUUCUAUAAAGCCUGUUGGGAUUGGUCGUGAGAUUUCAGCGGAGCAACUGAAUGCAAAUCUCUUAGAAUGUUUUCCAAAAGCUAAUGCUCAUCGCCAUACACCAGACAUGGCCGAAAUAUUUAUGAUAAUUGGACAAACUAAUUUGGAUAUAACGUAUGGUUUUCGAAACAUGGAGAUUAAGGGGUAUGUAAUAACGUUUGGGGAAGCAGAAGAUAAAGUGGAUUGGCUUCCCUUUGUUACAGAUGGCAACCAUAUCAUAUCGGCAUCAAAUUUAACAUUGCUACAUGGCAUUCUUGUCAAAGAUUCAAAUAAAAUAUGCAGAAUAUAUGAAUAUUUUCAAACCAGCAUACCACAGGGAUGUAGGGUUUGUACGGAUGUGUGUAAUGAUAGGCCAUCUAUCUACUGCAUCCGGAAAGCCUUUGCAGAAGAGUGCGAAUACCUUACGGACCUUUGGCAAAUAAUGGUAAAUACGACUACAUUGCCAAGUCCAAUAUCAACUGGAACUACGCCAAACAAACAUCAUGAAAUUGACAGUUCGAGGGGCUCUGAUUCCGGGUUACGACCGUCAGCAACAGCUGGCAUAAGUGUCGGCAUUACGCUUAUCAUUAUUGCAGUUAUCGUAAUCGCCGUCACGAUGUUACAAAACAGAAACCAAAAUAGAUCCUUUUCAUCAAUAGAGGCCUGCGAACAAAUGGAAUCUUUAAAUCAAACAGACAAAGAGGAAUCUUUAUCGAACAACAACGUUGGAAACGGGACACAAGGACGUAUAUCACAUAAUGCAGCUACUCGACCAACUUCAGGUUCUAAUUCACCAACAUCAGGUUCAACACAACCAACAUCUGGUUCUACUCAACCAACAUCUGGUUCUACUCAACCAACAUCUGGUUCUACUCAACCAACAUCUGGUUCUACUCAACCACCAUCGACGUCUACUUGUAUCAACGUCACUUCCGAUUGUGAUUUAAUGAUUGACACCGGUGGAAAAUUUAUAAAUUACAUGCAGAAAGUUGCAGCAGUGGAUGCUCCCGAACGAGUCGAGAAUGUUCAUCCUGAUUACCGAAGGGUACCAGCAGGGACUCAAGCUACAGAUUAAUAUAUAUAUAUAUAUAAUUGAAUAAUUAUGUCUACUCCAAUGACUGGGGGAGACAUACUAUUUGUACCCGUCAGUCAGUCAGUCUGUCAGUCCGUUAGCCCGUCAGUUAGCCAGACCGUACGUUUCCGCUCAAUAACUUUAAAACGCUAAGGUCCAUGAACUUCAUACUUGUAUGCAGGUUGGAUAUGACCAGUUUACACCUUGAAAUUGAGAUCAGAAGGUUAAAGGUCGAGGUCGUGGUGACCUGGAGGUCAAAAUACGGUUUCCACCCAAUGACUGAAGAUCGUUAUACUUUGUAUGCAAGUUGGUCAUGACCAGUAUAUGAGGUCAAACGUCGAUGUCGCAGUAACCUUCAGGUGAAAAACGAAAUGUUCGUGGUCACCUGAAGCCGAAAAAAAUGGUUUCCGCCGAACAACUAAAGAACGCUUGCGCCCUGGAACCUCAUCUUUGGUAUGCAAGUCGGUCGUGACGAGUAGACGACCCCUAUUAAUUUUGGAUAUAGAAGGACCAAAGUCACGGUCGCAGUGACAUUCAGGUGAAAAAGUUUUCGCUGAAUAACUAAAGAAUGCUUGCUAGUUAAUCCUGAUUAUUUGAUGAGCCGAUUUUGGAAUCAGAAGGUCAAAGGUCAAUGCCUCAGUGGCUUUGGGAUAAAAAACACGGUUUUCUUUUGAACAACAAAAGAAAGCUUGCACCAAGGAGCUUAAUACUUGGUAUGCAAGUUGGCCAUGACUAUAUGAUGAAACCUAUUGAUUAUGGGAUCAGUUGGUCAAAGGUCAAAGUCAAGGUGACCUUGAGGUGAAUAAACGGUUUCAACUUAAAAACAUUACAACGCUUGCCCCAAAGAUCUUCAUUUUUGAUAUGACAAUUAGUCAUGACUAGCUGAUGACCCAUAUUGAUUUCAAGAUCAGUAGGUAAAUGGUCAAGGUCGCAGUGAUCUAAAGGAGAAAACAGUUCCAGUAAUAACUAAAAACACUUGCAUCCCGGAUAUUCAUAAAUUGUAUGCCAGUUGGUCAUUAUUAUUAGAUUAACCCCAUUGAUUUUGGGAUUAUUAGGUCAAAGGUUAAGGUCAAGGUUGCGGUAAAGUUGUGGUGAAAAACAACAGUUUACGUUGAUUAACUAAAGAAUGCUUGUACCUAGGAACUUCAUACUUGGUAUGAUAGUUGAUCAUGACAAGUGGAUGAUCCCUAUUGAUUUUGAGAUUAGUAGGUCAAAGGUCAAGGUCAAUGUGACCUUGAGGUGAAAAACGCUAAAUAACUACUGAAUGCUUGCACUUAGCAACUUCAUACUUGGUAUACCAGUUGGUCAUGAUUUGUUGAUAAGCCCUGUUGAUUUAAGGAUCAGUAGGUCAAUAGUCAAGGUCGCAGUGACCUAGACGGGAAAAACAGUUCGAUUAAUGACUUAUACAUACUUGUACCCAGAGCUUCAUACUUAAAAUGCCAGUUGGUAGUGACGAGUAGAAUGCCUCCUUUUUGAUUUUGGGAUUAGUAGGACAAAGGACAAGGUCGCGGUGAUCUUGAAUUGAAAAAAAAAACGGUUUCCGCUGAAUAAUUAAAGAAUAUUUGCUCCUAGGAACUUCAUACCAGUCAUAAUUGGUUGAUGACUCGCUGUUUGAAUCAGUGGGUUAAAGAUAAAGUGCGCGGUAUUGGUCACGGUGACAUUAAGAUGACAAAAAGGUUUCUCGUUGAAUAACUAAAGAACGCUUGCACCAAUAAAUAUAAUACUUGGAAUGCAAGUUAAUCAUUUCAAGUAGGUGACCACUUUUGUUUCGGGAUCAGUAGGUCAAAGGUCAAGGUCGCGGUGACCUUGAGGUGAAAAUACGGUUUCCCAUUGAAUUACUUAAGAACGCUUGCACCAAGGAAUUUAAUACUUGGUAUGCCAGUUGUUCAUGACUAGUUGAUAAACCAUAUUCAAUUUAGGAUCAGUAGGUCAAAGAUUAAGGUCGCAGUGAUCUGCAGGGGAACACAGUUCCAAUUACUACUAAAAACAACUUGCACCCAGGAUAUUCAUACAUAGAAUGUCAGUUGUUCAUGGCUAGUAGAUGAACCCCAUUGAAUUUCAGGCCAGUAGGUCAAAGGUCUAGGUUACCUUGACGUUAAGUAACGGUUUCCGCCAACUAACUAUAAAACGAUUGGGCCCAGGACUUUCAUACUUAGUUUGGUAGUUGGUCUUAAUUAGUAGAUUAUCCCUAUUGAUUUUUAGGUCAAUAGGUCAAAGGGGUCAAGGUAGCAAUUACCUUGAGUUGCAAAAAACAGUUUGCGAUGACUUAUUAAAAAAUGCUUGCACCUUGGAACGUCUUGCUAAAUUUGCUUGUUAAUCAUGAUUAGUUGAUGAGCAGAUUUUGGGAUCAGUAGGUCAAAGGUCAAGGCCUCAGUUACCUUAAGAUGAAAAAAACCCGGUUUCCCGUGAAUAACUUAAGAAAGCUUGCACCAAGGCUGAAUACUUGGUAUGACAGUCGUUCAAGACUAGUUGAUACACCCUAUUGGUUUUGGGAUCAGUAAUUCGAAGGUCAAGGUCGCGGUGACUUUAAGGGAAAUUAACGGUUUCAAUUUAAUUACUUUGAUAUGCUGUUUGGUCAUGACUAGUAGAUGACCCCAUAUUCACUUUUGAAUCAGUAGGUCAGUAGUCAAGGUGGCAAUCCUAGGGGGAAAUAUUUCCAAUAAUAAUUAGAAAACACUUGCAUACAGGAACUUCAUACUUGGUAUGCAAGUUUAUCAUGACGAGUAGAUGACCCAUAUUGCUGUUGAGAUCAGUAGGUCAAAGGUCAAGGUCGCGGUAACCGUGAUGUCAAAAUACGGUUUCCGCUUAAUAACUAAAAUACGCUUGCACCAAGGAUCUUUAUUCUUGAAAUGCCAAUUAGUCAUGACAAGUAGAUGCCCAUUAUUGACUUUGGGAUCAUCAGGUCAAUGAUUUAGCCCGCAGUGGACUGUAAAGGAAAACAGUUCUAAUAAUAAAUGAAAAAAAACAACUUGCACCCAGGAUAUUCAUACACUGUUUGCCAGUUGACUAUUGAUUUUGGGAUCAGUAGGUCAAAGGUCAAGGUCAAGGUUAAUGUUGCAGUGAACGUGCCGUGUGGUAAAAAACGGUUUCCACUAAAUAACUAAAUAAUUCCUGCACUCAGGUACUAAAUACUAGGUUUGCCAGUUGGUCAUGACUGGUUGAUGACCACUAUUGAUUUUCAGUCCAGAAGGUUUAAGGUCUGUCUGACCUCGAUGUAAAAUAACUGUUUCCGCUGAACAACUAUAAAGCGAUAUGGCCCAAGACGUUCAUACUUAGUUUGGUAGUUGGUCUUGAUUAGUAGAUACUAGUAACUCCAAUUGAUUUUGUUAUGUCAGAAGAUCAAGGUCACAGGUGAAAAACAUUUUUUGUUGGUCACAAGUCCACUUAUUUCCGCUCAUAACUAGAAAAAGGUACUUCAUCCUUGGACAGAGAUACUUUAUACUUGGUAUGCAGGUCAUCCCCAGUAAAGAUCCCUUUGUUUGUUCGUCUCCAGCCCAAAAGUACAAUUUUCAUGUCCAUCAUUGAUUAUUUCUCACAUACGACCAGACAAUGGGGGAGAUAGCCGCUUUUUCAAUAUAGCAAUCUCUUGUUAAUAUCUGAGUUGUAACAUUUUGUAGAUUUUUGAAUUUUUCAUGUGUUUUUUUUGUGUGUUUACGAUAUAAUUGUGUUAUAUUUAUUAUACUCAUAGUUGUUUGUGUAAAUAUCGCUUUAAUCUUUGUUUUUGGUUGUUUUUGUACGAUAUAAUUGUGUUAUAUUGAUUUUACUCAUAGUUGUUUGUGUAAAUAUCACUUUCAUCUGGGGUUUUUGGUUACGUGUUUACGAUAUAAUUGUGUUAUAUUUAUUACACUCAUAGUUGUUUGUGUAAAUAUCACUUUCAUCUGGGUUUUUUGGUUAUGUGUUUACGAUAUAAUUGUGUUAUAUUGAUUUUACGCAUAGUUGUUUGUGUAAAUAUCGCUUUAAUCUUUGUUUUUGGUUGUUUGUGUACGAUUUGAUUGUGUUAUCUCGAUUAUACUCAUAGUUGUUUGUGAAUAUCGCUUUGAUCUUUGUUUUGGUUGUGUUUACAAUUUGAUUAUUUAUAUUAAUUACUAUAAUAGACUUAAGAUAUCUUUGAUCUUUGUUGCGGUUGUGGUUUAACGAUUACUGAAUAUAAUAAUUACACUUUUUUGCAUUUGCAGCAAUUUGGUAAUAUGGUAAUAGUUUUUUUUAUUUCCUCGUUUGUAUUUUCAUAUUUAAUACCGGUGUAAGUUCAAAUCAUGCAAAUACAUAGAAAAACAUAACGGAAUAUGACUAAAUAAUUCGACCAAUACAUAAGUAUUUAUUAAAUAUAACUUUUCACUUCGACACACACUCUCUGUCUGUAUUGUUACUAGACUGAAUAUUUGCACACAGUGUUCAUGUACAAUGAUUCUCUAAAUUUUGUUACAUUUACAGUCAUUAUCUAAUCUAACCUGAUUCAGAUAUGACUAUUACAAAAGUGAAUUUUAAAGUUUAAGUGAUUUCCCUUAGGCUUCCUAUAGUUUCGUUUUGUAUAGGUUGUCCGAUAUAGGGAGUUGCAGAUAUUUUGCAAACACAACUCUCAUUAUAGAACAACUAUUGUACAUGUAUUUAUUUCAACUUAUCUGUGAAUAAACAUAUAACGCUAUUGACACGUUAAUUUAAUUAAUAGAUUGCAUUAUAACAUAUUUUGAUUUACUGAACUUAUGAAGUUGGUGUAUUUGCGUAUUUGAUAUUUAUGUUGUUGUUUUUUUGUGUUUUUUUGUUGUUGUCUAGUUUUGUUAUUUGUAUGCAUGGAAUCACCUGAAAACACUAUAUUGUAUAUAUAUUUGUCCACAUGGGCUAUGGCCUUCUGGAUAUUCAGUAAAUAGAUCUUGAAUCUUGAAUCAUAAGCUGGUAAUCUGAUAGUUCCAUUAACCUGAACUAGGUCCCAAUAUCACGAAAAUACUUAAGUCAAAUCUCAGUCUUAAUCUCAACUCAUUUUACCAUAUUACAUCAAAUUGAUUUGAAAAAAAAUAUGUUUUUACAAAUUUUUAAACCGCAUCCUUUCAUUGAAUCUGUUCAUCAAAACCUUCGGUCUAGAUUCCAAUGGAAACAUAUAUUCUACAGCCAAAAAUGUUCUUGAGAUCAAUUCAUUGCCUUUUAACAAUUAAUCAAGUAUAUUUUUUGCUCUAGGAUAAGAUUUCUUUGAAAUAUUGUCAAAAUAUUUCAAUACCACAUUCUAUGAAAAAAAAACGUUUACAAUCAAAUCAAUAUAAUGUGAGGUCAGCGGCACCUACACUCGACAUAUUUGUGGGUCUAAUAUCUUAAAGACAAGUUAUUCUGUUGUGUUUUCAUAUUUAAAACAGGUCUUAGUUCAAAUCAUGCAAAUACAGGUAUAAUUUAGGAAUCCCACCCACAAAUAAACUAGUUCUAUAAAAGCUCCACAUUCAAUAUAAAACUUAAUACAAUCUUAUAGUAUUUCAUCAUUUACUUCAUUCACUCUAUUGGUCAGUUAUUAAUUACAAGUAGUCCGAUUAGCUACAUCGUUCUUAGAUCUUGUGAAGACCAAUAUUGAAUACCAGCCCAGAUGUCCCCAUAUAAUUUUGGCAUCAUUUGAAUGGUUCUAACUUAUUGAUAACAAAUAUGUAAAUUAAAUGACCGAAUGUACAUCAUACAUAAAGUUAUUUUAGUUUGUAUAUAAAUGUUCUUUAUUUCAACUUAGAUUGAACCCCAACAUCACAUUUUGCAAUUUUGGAAGGCUAAAACAACUUGUUUGUUAAAUUAUUUUCAGUGAAAUAACACAUUUUCUUUUAAUCUGCACUCGAAAACUUUUUAAUUUAAUAUACCAUAACAAUAUGAGGUAACAUAUUUGUUGGUCGGAUACCUUGAAGAUCCACUAAAAGAAUUAGCCUUUAAGCAGAAAGUAUUUGCAUUAUAUGUUAGGUGUCCAAGUUCAAGUAUUAAUCAUUCAACCGUGUCUUAUUGUAAUACAUACAUAUCAUCAAAGUCUUGUUGAAUGUUAUUUGUACAUUUCAUGAAAUAUGUAUAUAUUCAUUGACAAUGAACUAUGUACACGUCGUAAUAAAUAGUUCUGUCUGUCUGUCUGUCUGUCUGUCUGUCUGUAAAUUGUUUGUAAACGUAUGUAAUGAACCACAGUGUGUGAUGUAUUUAUGUGUCUGGUUGAUAUAAAUAAUGUGGAGGUUG